AUGGACGGGGACGACCUCAUCGCCUCGGUCUACCGCAAGAUCGAGCGGGAAAAGGCCCUGAUCACCGCCGCGUCCAAUAUGCGACAGUCAACCGAUAAUCCCCUCGUGCAGCAGAGAGUCGACGCGAACAUCCGUGAUGGUCGGAAGAACAUUGCUUACUUGGAGGAGAAGAUGAGAGAGUUGCAGCUACGUCGAGAUGGAGGAUCCCCUACGGAUAAGCGUCUCCCACCUGAACCGGGCGCAGGACCAGCCCUCCUCCGAAGGACUAUGAUGAGCAUGACGCCUCGGGAGCUUACCCGCAAGGAGGAUCUGGUCCUAUGCCGUCGGGCGCUCCCUUUGCAGAUCCCCGGCCUUUCGCUCCUGUUCCCAAGGCUCGGCCGAAUUUUACUAAACUUGGUAUGCUUCAUCUACUUGAUCAAAUAUGAUACCCCCUAUCUCGGACCUAAGAUCCAGCUCAUGUUGUCGCAACUCGAGUUCAAGCUGAGUGUUGAGAAGCAAUACAAAGCGGGUAUUGAGAAGAUGGUUCGUCUGUAUCAGGAUGAGGGUGAUAGAAAGAGCCGCGCAGAUGCCGAGGGCCGGCGGAUCGAGAGUAAUCAGAAGAUUCAACUGCUAAAGCAGGCCUUGAAGCGAUAUGAAGAUCUUCACGUUGACAUUGAACCGACAGACUCCCCGGACGAUGAGAGUUUGAACACACCAAACAUGCGCAAGCCACUUACUGGUCUUCUGACGUUGCGUAUCCAGGCGGUUACUGAUGUAGAUCAUGCCGCCAGCUCGAGGUUCUCUCGGGGCCCGAGACUUUCGUCAUCAUCAAAGUUGAAGACACUAUCAAAGCCCGCAAACGAAAUUGAACUUACCGUGUACGACAAGUCGGGUGACAGGCCCACUCCGAUUGGCAUGCUUUGGGUGCGCAUCUCCGAUAUCGCCGAGGAGAUGCGUCGCAAGAAGCUCGAAAGCGAGCUCAAUGCAUCAGGUUGGGUUUCUGCGGAUAAGAUGGAACACGGAGGUUCGUCGGGGCGGCCUGACACCGCUGGACAACCAGGAUCUCCGCAUGCCCCGGGCUCCGCGGGGCAUCUUGGCCCCCCUGCUCAGGGUUAUGCAGGUGCUCCGGGUGGAGCGCCCUCUUCUAACUCAGUGAUGAUCGAGUCUUGGUUCGCAUUAGAGCCCGUGGGGCGGAUCCAUCUGUCGAUGAGCUUUGCCAAACAAUUGAAGGAUCGACGACCGUUCGAUAUUGGUCUUAACCGACAGGGUGCCGUUCGUCAAAAGAAGGAAGAGGUCCACGAAAAGCAGGGACACAAGUUCGUCACUCAACAAUUUUACAAUAUCAUGCGUUGUGCUCUCUGUGGUGAUUUCCUGAAAUAUGCUGCCGGCAUGCAAUGCGCCGACUGCAAGUAUACGUGUCACCGCAAGUGUUACCCGAAGGUCGUUACCAAGUGUAUCAGCAAAGCAAACUACGAGACGGAUCCAGACGAGGAGAAGAUCAAUCACCGUAUUCCUCAUCGGUUCGAGGGCUUCUCCAACCUCUCUGCCAACUGGUGCUGUCACUGCGGGUACUUGCUCCCAUUUGGACGUAAAAGUGCCAAGCGAUGUUCAGAAUGUGGCCUCACUUGCCAUGCCAAUUGUACUCAUCUUGUACCUGACUUCUGUGGCAUGUCUAUGGAAGCUGCGAACCAGAUCUUAGAAACGUUGAUUCGUGCUAAGAAUCACAAUAAAUCCGCUUCUGUUAGUUCUGGUCUCAGUGGCCGCACCCUGCGGCCAGGUGGCCCGCCUCAAACCCCUCAGGAUCCUGCUCUUGCAUAUCCGCAAAAACCCGUGGAGAGCCCAUAUGGGCUACCUCAAAGAGAGCCUUCUGCCGAAGCCGUGAGCGCUGCAACUAACUCGUAUAUACCACCACAGUCUCCAACGGCCGCACAGCGACAGCAAAUGCCGCCAAGAACGUCAUCUGCAGGUCCUGCCGCUGCUGCUGCCGCUGCCGCCACAGGCAUGCGCACGCCCCAACAGAUGCCUAGUCCGGUGCAAACGCAGCCACCUUCCCACGCCCAUUAUGAUCCUGCCGCGUAUGUGUCCUACCAGCAGAGCAUGGCGCCCCCGCCGCAACAGCCGAUGCCGCAGAAGGUCGCGUCGCCUUACGGUGUACCUCCACAACAGCAGUCUGUGCCAGUAAUGCAACAGCAGGUUGCUGUAAAAGAAGAUGCUCCACCUCAGCAACCCAAGGUCAGGAUUGGCUUGGAUCACUUCAAUUUCCUGGCUGUCCUUGGUAAAGGUAACUUCGGAAAGGUCAUGCUGGCCGAAACCAAGAGCACCAAGAAGCUUUAUGCUAUCAAGGUGUUGAAGAAGGAGUUCAUCAUUGAGAACGAUGAAGUGGAGAGUACCAAAUCUGAGAAGCGUGUCUUCUUGGUUGCGAACAAAGAACGCCAUCCAUUCCUUCUCAAUCUCCACGCCUGCUUCCAGACAGAGACUCGUGUGUAUUUUGUCAUGGAAUAUAUCAGUGGCGGUGAUCUAAUGUUGCACAUUCAACGCGGCCAGUUUGGUUUGAAACGAGCACAGUUUUACGCUUCAGAAGUUCUGCUGGCACUCAAAUAUUUCCAUGAGAACGGUGUCAUAUACCGUGAUCUGAAGCUCGAUAAUAUUCUACUGACACUGGAUGGCCACAUCAAGAUUGCAGACUACGGUCUUUGCAAGGAAAAUAUGUGGUAUGGCGCCACCACAAGCACAUUCUGCGGAACUCCCGAAUUUAUGGCACCUGAGAUUAUUUUGGAUAAAAAAUACGGUCGAGCAGUUGAUUGGUGGGCAUUUGGUGUGCUGAUUUAUCAGAUGCUUCUGCAACAAUCUCCCUUCCGUGGUGAAGAUGAGGAUGAAAUCUAUGAUGCCAUUCUUGCCGAUGAGCCGCUGUAUCCAAUUCACAUGCCCAGGGAUUCCGUUUCGAUCCUUCAGAAACUACUCACUCGCGAGCCAGAACUAAGACUUGGCUCCGGCCCAACCGAUGCCCAAGAAGUCAUGUCUCAUGCCUUCUUCAGGAACGUCAACUGGGAUGAUAUCUACCACAAGCGCGUCCCUCCACCGUUCUUGCCGACCAUCACCAGCCCCACAGACACAAGCAACUUCGAUCAGGAGUUCACCAGCGUCACACCUGUUCUGACGCCUGUGCAAUCCGUCCUCUCCCAAGCCAUGCAGGAAGAAUUCCGUGGUUUCUCCUACACGGCAGACUUCGCCUGA